AUGCCCAGCUCAAGACUCGUAGAGAUUGACUCCCUCGAAGCCCUCGUCAUCAUCGACAAUGAGCUCGACCCCUUAUCACCCGUCGCACCGGACACCGUCCAGGUCUCGGGUCUGAUGGGCAGUCUCGCGACAGGCUCGCCCCACGAGCUCCAGGAUAGAGUGGAUGCGCAUAAAGAACUAAGGAUGGACGAUAUCUGCUGCUCGGCACAUGGGCUGUCGAUUCUUGUGACUGCUACCAAAGGCGCCGUGAAACAUUCGGUGCUCUUCGACGUAGGCCCGGAGGAGGACGCCUGGGAGAGAAAUGCGAGGCGGUUACAAGCUGAUCUCGCGUCGGUGGAGGUGAUCCAGUUAUCGCAUUGGCAUCGGGAUCACUCUGGCGGGCUUCUGCGGGCCAUUCGCAUGAUUAACGAAGCCAAGCGAGUCAAGGGUGUGGAGGCGCGUCUGUCUGUUGACCUUCACCCCUCUCGUCCAGAUUAUCGGGGGAUGACCAUCGGCCAGAAGAUCAUCUCGCUGCAGGCGGACCCGUCGUUCGAGGAGAUCGAGGCGGCUGGUGGAACAGUCGAUAAGCAUGACGAGAUGCAUACCAUUCUCGACGACUUCUUUCUGAUUUCUGGGGAGAUUCCCCGGCGAACGAGCUACGAGAAUGGCUUAAAGGGCGGGAUGCGGUUUAGCCGCGAGGACGACGACUGGUUCUCAGACGAACGUAUCGCCGACGAGCGGUUCCUCAUGUGUAAUUUGAAAGGUUGGUGUAUUGCACCUUCUCCGGUGUCCAGUCGCAUGCUGACGGCACUAGACAAAGGAAUUGUCAUGUUCACGGGCUGCAGCCACGCCGGGGUCGUCAACGCGGCCAUACACGCGGUUGAAUCUCUAGGCGGCACUGUACCCCUGCAUGCUGUGGUUGGGGGUUUUCAUCUGGCCACGAGCGAGGAGCAGCAGAUGGAGAGCACGGUGAAGGAUUUGAGGAAGCUGGACCCUGCCGUGCUCUUGCCGGGCCAUUGCACGGGCUGGCGGGCGAAGUUUGCCAUUGAGCGGCUUAUGCCUGGGACGCUGGUGCCGUGCACGGUAGGCAUCAAGAUCGCAUUCUGA